AUGAAAUUUCUAAAAUUCGCUAUGCUUGGACAAAGUACCAUUAUAUCUAAAUUUGGUAUUUUGUUUCUUUUUAUAAUUUUAAUAUUAUUUUCAGAUAGUUUUACAAAAAAUAAAAAGUUUGAAUAUUUAUUAAAUGCACAAAUAACUAGCAGAAGAGUAUGUCAUUUAUUACAAAAAAAUAUAUCAAUACUGGAAAAUUUGCUUAUAUGUAAUUAUUUUUUGAGCAAUGGUUUUCUUCAAAAUGAUUGGAGUAGUUUAAAUCAGAGCGUUGAUGUUGGAAUAAAAAAAAAUGAUGUGUAUGAAACGAACGCAAACAAUAAUAUAUCGAUAAAUAGAAAAUAUAAUUUUACAAAUCAAAAAAACAUUAAUGAACAGAAUGAUGAAAUAGAAAACAAAAUAAACAAAAAUGACUAUUCAUUCAACAUAAAAUUCGAUACCAAUAAUAAAGGAUUAACAGAAAAUGUUUUGAAAAAAGCGAGGAUAGCAUUUAAACAAUUAGAUCAAAAUAAUAACAAUUUUGUUGAUUUCAGUGAAUUUCACAAAAAUAGAAAUAUAUUACACCAAAUCCCUAAAGUGAAUAAAAAUAUUUUAAAUUAUUUAUUUAAAGAAUUUGAUAUUGAUAAUGAUAAUAAAUUAAACUAUGCGGAAUUUGUGUCACUAAAUUCUUAUGAUUCUACAUUUUUAAGCAUAUAUCCUAUUUUAUUUAAUGAUAAAAAUGAAAUCACAAAAGAUGAAAUAUUCAAUUAUUUGGAAAUAUAUUUUUAUGAAUUUUUAGAAAAUGUUAUAAAUGAUCAUAUAUAUUUUUAUACAAAAAAUCAUUUUGUUUAUCAAUGUAUAAAUAAUUUUUUUGUGUCUAGUCAAAAAACAUGGGAUAUGAAUAAAGAUCAAAAAUUACAAAUAGAAGAAUUUGAAAACUUUCAACUUGCAUUAAUAAUAGAAAUGGAAUAUUUAACAAAUUUCUUACAUUUAGACAUUAAUAUGGAUAAAAAAGUUGAUAUAUCUGAAUUAGUUUUUUAUAUUAUCAAUGAUAUAGAUAUAUAUAAUAAAUUACAUGCUUAUAUAGUUGCAUUAGACAAAAAAUAUAUCAAUGAUCAAAACCAAAAAAAAGAGAAUAUUAUACAAUAUAUGAGAAACCAUUUAAAUAUUGAAAACAACAUUAUCUUUCAUAUUCAACUUUUUAUGCAUUCCUUUGACCAUAAUAAUGACAUGGCACUAAAUUAUGAUGAAUAUAAAAAUCAAUUAGAAACAUUAUCAGUUUUGGAUAAAGUACCAGAUAUUAUUUAUUUUAGUUGA